ACAACGAAAUGUGUUACAUAACAAAUUAAAAUAAGAUAUUUAUUUACAAAACUCAACGGUUUCCACUAGGAAAUAAAAAAAUAAACUCCUAAUAAUGAGCGCAUCCCGAAAACAACGGGCUGACGACGGAUAUGGCUGGGUGGUGGUGGCGGCCGCCUUCACCAUUAACUUCCUGGCAGACGGAAUCGUGUUCUCAUCCGGUGUGCUCCUUGUUGAGUUCCUUGAUGAUUUUGAGGAGUCGCAUGGACUGACGGCCUUCAUCGGAGCUAUUCAGGCUGGAAUGAUGCAUCUAAUUGGCCCACUGGCGGCGGCUCUCAUGGAACGACUUGGAGCCCAGUUAGUGACUGUCGUAGGAGCCGUACUGACCUGUAUUGGCCUAGCCGCCAGUUUUCCAGCUUCCACAGUGGCGCACCUCACAAUUACUAUGGGGAUUAUAGGAGGGACGGGGCUUGGUUUAAUGUAUCUGCCACCUGGUGCCCUGGUUGUACAGUACUUCACGGAGCGACGGGCCCUCGCUAACGGCAUCGCUGUAUGCGGUUCUGGUGUGGGCACAUUCGUAUUCAAUCACGUGAUGCACCUGCUUAUAUCGGAGUACACUUGGCGCGGGGCGGUGCUCGUGGCGGCCGGUGCCGCCCUGAACGGGGCCGUGUUCGGCCUCCUGCUGCGACCCGCACCUAGAAGGGAAGCACUUCCCGUUGCGGCAGUUACAUCGGACGAGAAGGCGGUGAAAAUUGACGAAUGCAGAGAAAUUUCGGACACAAUUAAACAGUCUGUCGAAAAAGAGAUGAAUAUCGAGAUAACUAUGUUGAAGAAAUAUGAUUUGCCGUUAAAACACCCCAAGUCUAAUGAAAAACAAAUUGAAAUGAACUCAGUACAUCGUAAUUCUUAUAUGCCUAGUUUGGUGAUCGACAUUAAUGGGUCCGGUCAUGAUCACGUAUCGCGCAAAUGCGAAUCUGAAACAAAACUUACAAAUCCGGGUACAUUAAAUCGUAUAAGGACCACGAUUAUGUCAGCCGUUGAGGCAGUAUUUCCUAGGGAACUCCUGAAGAACAGGCGACUUCUGAUGUUUAUGGCGUUUACCUUUGUGUUCAAUCUAGCCUUUGUUAUUCCAUUUUCACUCGUGCCGGACGAGGCGAUUAGCGCGGGCCUCUCAAAGUACCAAGCAACUUGGCUUGUAUCUUCAAUAGGCAUAACUAACACCGUAAGUCGUAUAAUAAUGGGUUGGAUCGGAGACCGGAAUGGCGUCAAUAGGCCCGCCAUGUUAGUUGCUAUGGUAGCGCUCGCAGGAUUGGCAAUCGCGGCUGUUCCCUUCCUCCCUACCUUUGAAACAAAGCUGUGUAGCACCGCCGCAAUUGGUGUUUUCUUAGGUGGUUUUGUCAUGUUGUUUGCGGUCGUUCUUGCUGACAUGUUCGGCGAUGACGUCAUUUCCCGUUCAAUCGGUCUUGCUUACUUCACUGUAGGAAUCGCUUGCUUCGUUGCUGUCCCGAAAGGAGGCUGGCUGUUUGAUGUGACUGGAAACUACCAGAUGACUUUCCUUGUGGCGGGUGGCGAGUGUCUCCUGGCAGCCGCCCUGCUCGCGGCCGCCAUCUCUCUCCACCGGAAUUCGUACACAGUGGAUAGCAAUCUUAAAUCUUCUCAUAAAAGCGACAAGUUUGAAGGUCAGCGGGGGUCAGUUCUUGCCAAUGACAAGUGUUGAAGAAGUAAGUUGAACUACGCAGAAAACAUAAAUGGUGCCACACACACAUUUCUGUGAUGAAAAUGGAAAGGAAUUAGAAGGAAAACACGUGUAUUCCAAUAUUCUAGUUCAUUGUUUUAAAACCCUUUUAUCGAUUGAAUUAUUAAUGGAAUAGACAUGAAGAAAUGAUAUAUGACCUUUGACCACAAAGUGUGACGUUGACCAUGCACGGGAAAUGCUUCGAUUUAAAUAAUCAGUACAUAUCAAACAUCAUGUUUACAAAUGUGUUCAGAAUACAAAUAAAACACAUGUAUUCAACUUUU